GGUGACAUCACGGGGCCUGGCAAGCAAGAGGAAGCAGAAUAACAACAACGCCAGGGAGAGUGACAGUGACGGGCCAUCGAAACACUACAAUACUGGCUAACUUGUACAUUUUUUUAGUUUCCCUCAAAUAGAAUACGAAAAGAUAAGGUUUUUUUACUGUCUGAUAUUAUUUAAUCGAGACCCCCAGGAUGUCUAUGUUCACAAAGUUGUUUGGUGGCGGAGGGAAAGCUGGAAAAUCCGCAACCCCCCAAGAGGCGAUCCAGCGACUCCGGGACACCGAAGAGAUGUUGACGAAGAAACAGGAAUUUUUGGAGAAAAAGAUAGACCAGGAGCUUUUGACUGCAAAGAAGAACGGGACAAAAAACAAGCGAGCUGCCCUGCAGGCCUUGAAGCGCAAGAAGAGGUACGAGAAGCAGCUGGCGCAGAUCGACGGGACUCUGUCCACCAUCGAGUUCCAGAGGGAGGCGCUGGAGAACGCCAACACCAACACCGAAGUGCUGAAGAACAUGGGCUUCGCCGCCAAGGCCAUGAAGGCUGCCCACGAGAACAUGGACAUCGAUAAAGUCGACGACCUCAUGCAAGACAUCACCGAGCAGCAGGAACUGGCUCAGGAAAUUUCGGACGCCAUUUCCAAACCCGUGGGCUUCGGAGAGGACUAUGACGAGGAUGAGCUGUUGGCAGAAUUGGAAGAGUUGGAACAGGAGGAAUUGGACAAAAACCUGCUGGAAAUUGGCGGCACAGAGAACGUACCGCUGCCCAACGUGCCCUCCUCAUCACUACCUGCCAGACCAGCAAAGAAGAAAGAGGAGGAAGACGAGGAUGACAUGAAGGACCUGGAGGCUUGGGCGGAGGCCAUGUAGUCAUGGAAACGGUCACUUCGCCCGGAAACGCUUGGAAAGAACGGACUCUCUGGUUCAGUGCUGAUUGAUUGAUUGUUUUUUUUGUUUUUUUGGUCUUUUUUUGGAGGAAUGCUAAAUUAAAAAGGAAAAAAAAAAGAGAGAAAAGACCAGAAUACUCAUGAACGCAUAGGUCUUCAUCUUGAAAAUCAGUCAUUUGUAUUGUUAAAUAAAAAAGAGAAAAAAAAGGCCUCAUCCCUCGGAAAAACCCAGCAGAACAGGUUCCUCUCUAAACCAGUGUGUUUUUCUACAUCCUCCACUUGUUUACAACUGUCUCAUCAGUCCACACGCUGUGAAACCAGCUACCCUUUCUGAUAGAAAAAUCACUAGCAGAGAGUAGCAGGCUGGCAGUAGUGUUUCUUCCUGUAAAAGCAUUAAUUGCAAGCAGUUAAGCCAAUGAGUGUAAGGAAAUUCAAAUAUAAUGACCGGCAGUUGCAUCUGGCAGGUUACACAAUAGCGUCUUUAAUGAUAUUUAACUAACAAAAGUGAACAAUUAGCAUCCAAUACAAAUGGGUCAAAUAGAUGAAAUGGUUGAAAGAUGAACUACAUUUUAUACUGAAAAUUGUCAAAUGAAAAUUAUUAUUAUUUUUUAAAUCUGGCAAUAUUUUCUGAAUUCCAUGGCAGAAACUGCAUGGGAUUUCACUGCUUUGGUGGUGAACUGCAGGGGGAAAAUAUAAUAAAGCGUAUAAUCUUUCAAGCCAAAAUAUAAUUUUGGCUCCAUAUCUGUCGGAAUAUUUACCCAAACAUUGCACAUUGGCUAUUGAUCAAGCUAAUACACUCCAAUGGGAAUGUCUUUCUGACCCCACCCAUAAAAUGUAUGAAGGCUUCUUUUACUGGUGAUUCAAAAGCUGUUCUUCAAGCAACAUGAGAACCCCCAUCUUAAGCAGGUUUGUUUUUUCAUGACUGUAACUGACAAAUCUGUGUGCAUGUGUGUGUGUGCGUGCGUGCGUGUGUGUGUGUGUGAAUGUGUGGGCACUUGAGAUGUGUGCAUUUGUGUGUCUUUACAUGUGUGGCUGUGAGGGCAUUCAUGCAUGUGCUGAUGUUUCUGUGUGCGCUUGCGUGUUGGGUGCUUGUGGAAGCAUUCACAUGUGUGCAGGUGCUAGUGAGUGAGUGUGUGUGUGAGUGUGAGUGAGUGAGUGAGUCAUUCUCUUCUACAGUGAAAUGCAUUACAGCUCUAGAAUACAGUGGGCAGGUGUGCAUCUGUGUGCGAGGUGCACCUGGGGGCUGUCUUAGGGCACAGUGGUUUGUGCAUGCUGUUCUUUUAUUUUAAAUUAUGUUCCUGAAUUGGUGAUUUUUUCUUUUCCCCCAACAUUUUUGUAGUUCAUCCUGAUUCUCAAAGGUUGUUGUUUUCUAAUUUUUUCUAAUUUCCUCUCCGAAAUAUAUAAAGAUAUGUAUAUUCUGUUUGUAAAUCAUUUGCAGAGGUUUAGGAUGGUAUAAAAAUAAAAUAAAAUUAACAAAUGUAUGACAACUAUAUUUAAAUGGACAUGCUCUGAAAUACUUGAACUUAUGCAACAGUUUCUUUACAUUCAGUGCUGUCAUUUUCUUUUAUCCCCUCUGAUCACGUAUUGCUUGUUUCCUUGUUUUUCUGUCCUGUCCCCCCCCAUCACCACCUGACCUUAUUCUAAUGGUACGCCUGAAUUAAACUUUUGCCAAACAAUCA